AUGUUUAAAGAGGUGGUUUCGUUGGCGAUUAUCCUGGGCUUUAUCUGGAACAUCCUUUACGUCGAGCAUCCGGAUACGAGAUCAUACACUAUUGCAUUUGUAGGCAGCCUGCUUGCGCUCUCGCCGUUCGUGCUGUGUUGGAUCUAUUGGAUGGGCGUGCAAGAAGGGGCUGCGCCCCGGGAGAUCUUCAGUCUGCGGUACUGGAGGGAUUCGAGGAGACGGGUCCGGGACGGGCCAGGUGAUAGCGAAGUUAGUCCUCGUCCUGGACUGGUCGAUGGGAGCCGACGCGAGGGGACUCGGGACAUCACCGACCAGCACGCAUUCCUGAGAGGGCCCUUGGAAGACGAGAUGGUAGGUUGCAUCUGCUUUCGGGUUAUGGCAGCUGGAGCUGAUACACUCGCCAGAUCUGAGUCAACGCCGAAGGCAGCCAGCCUGCAGGUCAUUACUCUAUAUAUCGCAGCGGUCAGCGAAGACGAUUCCUACAAGCAUGGGAAUGGAGGAAGCGACCAUCAUGGCGACGAAAUGAAGCCCUACCCGAUUCUGCUAUCGGCUAGAUCGGCAUGGAAUUGGAGCGCUGUGUCGUCUCUCUCGGGGGACUUCCCGAGGUAG